AGUGUGACACAGAAGAAAGACAAAGGAAAAAAACGACCUCAAAUAGUUUCAGCCAUCUUAACUUCGUUAUCUAACGUGCAUCUGUACUGUAGUCCCUUUGUUUACAUCUCUGCAGAGUGCACGUUGCACCAUCCCAAUUGCUAGAGGGAGAAAUGCUGGGAUAACGUGCCCUACGGCUAACAGAUCGCUAUCCGGCGAGCUAGCUAGAUAACGGUCGCCGUGGGCACGUUCUUUCGGAGCGAGGAGGUGUGUCUUGUGCAGCUCUUUCUCCAAUCGGGGUCAGCCUACAACUGCGCCAGCGAGCUUGGAGAGCUGGGUCUGGUCGAAUUCAGAGAUUUGAAACCCAAUGUCAACUCGUUCCAGAGGAAGUUUGUGAACGAGGUGCGGCGCUGUGAGGAGAUGGAGAAGUCCUUCACGUACCUGGAGCAGGAGAUCGGCCGGUCCCUGUUCCCCCCGCUGGCGGGUCCUCUCCCCACCCCCAGCCCUGUGCCCUCCGCUCCCCAGCCCAGAGAACUCAUGGCCAUCGAGGAGGAGAGCGAGAGGCUGGCCAGGGAGCUACGAGAGGUGUCCAGGAACAGAGACAGCCUGAUGAACCAGCUGAUCCAGCUCAGCCAAUACAGAGGGUUUUAGAUCCAGACACAGUCCCUCACAGUC